AUGUAAUUACAAUAAAUAAUAGAAAUAGACCAAAUCUAGUCUUUUAUUGAUGUUAUAGUAAACGAUUUAUCUGAAGCAUUGUAAAUAUCAAAGGGAGACUCUAUCUUUAUUCUUUCAUAAGUUGGAUGGGAUCAUAUAAAAAUUGGAGAUUUAUUUUUAAAAUACAAUUCUAUUGAGCAAGUAUUGAGAAAUUUAAGUUUAUCAUCUUAAAUUUAGAAUCCAUAAAUUAAUGAACCUAAUUUAUGCUCUAUUUGUAUUACUAACUAAAUCAAUGUUUAAUUAUCAUGUAAUCAUUAAUGUUGUAAUAUUUGUUUAAAUAUGCAUAUUGAAGAAUAAUUAAAAAAUAUAUCAUUUCCAAAAUGCUUUUAAUUUGAAUGUAAUCAUUUUCUUCCAACUAAUUUCUAUUCACAGUUGAAUCAAUUUAAAAAUUAGAUAAAAUAGAGUUUUUUAAAGAAUAAAAAGAAAUGUGGAAAUAAGAAAUGCUCAAAUUUAAUUGAUAGUUCAUUUACAACAUAUUUUAUAAGAUGUUAAUGUGGAUAUUUAAAUUGUACACUUUGUCAUAAUGGUGAUCAUAGGCCUUUAUCAUGUGCUUAAGCUUAAUAAUAAUAUUAACUUUUUUCUGAUUUGAAAGUAUUUCAAUAUUAAUAUAUUUAGUUAAAUAACUAUGCAUAAUGUCCUAAAUGUCUAAUUUCAAUAGAAAAAAUAAGUGGAUGCAAUAAAAUGAUUUGUAAAACUGAAAUUGGAUGUGGAUAUACAUUUUGUUGGAUAUGUAAAUAAACUUGGAUAUAGAAUCAUAAAUGUGCUAAAUAAUCAUCAAAUUUUGAAAGGUCUAAUAUUUUUAAAAAAAAAGAAUUCAGAAUAGCUAAUACAAUUCCAAAUACUUUUAGACUUAAAUGUCAAAAAGAUAUUUAAAACUAAUAAGACCUAGAAAUUAUAUAGAAAUGUUUCGAUUUUUUAGAUAUGGCUGAUGAUUUAAGUAGAAAAGAAACAAUUUUUAUUUCAAAUAAUCCAGGUUUUAAAAUAAAUUAAUUUCAUGAAUCUUUUUGUUAUGAGAGAUUUAUGUAUUACAAGAAAGAAAUUUUUAAUAUAUUUAAGACAAGCUUUCAUCCAAAUGAUGGACUAUAAGAUAAAAUUUAUUUACUUUCUAAAUAUCAUAAAGUAGCAAAUCAAGUAAUAUUCUAUAUUAUUUUAGUUUUUGGAUGAAUAUUUAGAUUAAUUCAAACAAGAACAAAAUUAACUUUAAUGA